AAGGUGGGUUCGUCCUGUGGAACGCCUGAGUGACAAAAUAAAAAUCAAGUUUGGCCUUGCAAUAUCUCAGUUGGUGGAUGUGGAUGAGAAAAACCAGCUAAUGACAACAAACGUCUGGUUGAAACAGGGAUGGGUAGACGCAAAGCUAAGAUGGAACCCUGAUGAGUACGGAGGAAUAAAGAUUAUUCGUGUCCCUUCAGACUCUCUGUGGACCCCAGACAUCGUUUUGUUUGACAAUGCAGAUGGACGUUUUGAAGGGGCCACUACGAAAACAGUUGUCAGGUACGAUGGCACCGUCACCUGGACACAACCAGCAAACUACAAAAGUUCCUGUACUAUAGAUGUUACAUUUUUCCCAUUUGAUCUCCAAAAUUGUUCCAUGAAAUUCGGCUCUUGGACAUAUGAUGGAACCCAGGUUGAUAUAAUCCUAGAGGACCAGGAUGUGGACAGAACAGACUUUUUUGACAAUGGAGAAUGGGAAAUCGUGAGCGCGAUGGGGAGCAAAGGGAACAGAACGGACAGCUGCUGCUGGUACCCUCAAGUCACGUACUCCUUUGUGAUUAAGCGGCUGCCUCUCUUCUAUACCUUAUUUCUUAUUAUUCCGUGCAUCGGGCUCUCAUUUCUGACUGUGGUUGUCUUCUACCUGCCUUCAAAUGAGGGUGAGAAGAUCAGUCUGUGCACUUCAGUGCUUGUGUCUCUCACUGUCUUCCUUCUGGUUAUUGAAGAGAUCAUACCCUCAUCUUCCAAAGUCAUACCUCUGAUUGGAGAGUAUUUGGUAUUCACCAUGAUUUUCGUGACAUUGUCCAUCAUGGUGACUGUCUUUGCCAUCAACAUCCACCAUCGCUCUUCCUCAACACACAAUGCGAUGGCUCCAUGGGUCCGUAAGAUAUUUCUUCACAAGCUUCCCAAACUGCUCUGCAUGAGGAGUCAUGCGGACAGGUACUUCACGCAGAGAAGAGAAGCCGAGAGCGGCAGUGGACCCAAGUCUAGGAACACUUUGGAGGCUGCGCUGGAUUGUGUCCGCUACAUCACGAGGCACGUCACGAAGGAGAAUGACGUCCGCGAGGUUGUUGAAGAUUGGAAAUUCAUAGCCCAAGUUCUUGAUCGGAUGUUUCUGUGGACCUUUCUUCUGGUUUCAGUCGUUGGGACUCUAGGACUUUUUGUUCCUGUUAUUUAUAAAUGGGCCAAUAUAAUAGUCCCAGUUCACAUUGGAAAUACAAUUAAGUGAAACAAGAAGCCACACUAUGAAUUUAGUUAGUUGUCAUGCAUCUCUUAGGGCACGUAUACAAUUAUGGAAAUUUGAAAUUAUUUAGAAUUUGAUAUAGGCUGUAACAGAUUAGUGAUUUCUAACAUUGACUCAAUAUUGCCCAUUAGAGCUUAAGUCUUAGCUGCAAGUGGUAAGAAAGCAUUGCCCGCCUGCACUAGCAGAGGCCUAGCGUCCGCAUCCUGGCAGAUCCUGCUAACUUACAAUUAAUGAUGAAGUUCAUCUUUGGAGUGCUAGAAAAUGCAACUAUAUCUGAAGACUGUUUAAAACUUUUUCCAAAUUUAGUAAAAGCCUAUCUUUGUGUGGUUUUGAAGUUUUAGAAUGGGUCUAGUUAAAUUGCCUACACUGGCCCCAAACCGCCUUAGUAGCCAGGACUACAGGUGUGCUCUGCGAUGCCCAGCUAAUAUAUACUUUACAAUUCCCCCUGUCCUGUAUUCACAGAUGUAUAAUACAGUAUACUUCUAUAUGAA